CAACCCUGUGCUGCCGCUGGUAAGAUUCUGCCUUGUAUUUAGGCAGAUAUGCAGAUCUGCUGCUCUGUCAACAUGUCGCCACCAUGAUGAUCUCUAACAGGAUUUCGUUUCAUGACGAUGCAAGAGCCACCGCGUGAGGCUGACAGCGAAGACAGACGGAGGCAAAUGAUGGCUGCAGGGAAGAAGAAACAGCCAUACUCAUACUAAGGUAGAAUCGUGCAGCGCAUCCACAACUCACGCCUGCGGCAUAUGUUUCAGUUGACGGGAUUGUGCGGCUUCAGGAUGUCGCAGCCCGACUCACAGCGGGCACUGCGUAGAUGUAGGGAGCGAAGCGGCCAAGGAGCAGGCAAGGCCGGGAGGGAGGGGGUUGCAAUGAAGUCAAUGUUGUGUUGUCCUUAUGGCUGCCGCGCACAGGCUUGGCGGCUGACUUACCGUGGAAGGAGCGUCUGGCCAGAGAGGGCUGCUACGUGCAGAAGGUGACGAAUGACGGCAACUGUCUAUUUCGGGCCUUCGCCGACCAGCUCACCGGUGGGUAGGUGGUGCACACCUGCACAACUCACAACAGGACAGUGUCCGCUGUGUGUCCAGCCAGCGUGACUUCUGAUUGCGCGUAUUCAGGUGACGAGAGUGGCUGCAGUUUGUUCCGGCAGAAGGCCAUGGACUACGUCGAGCAACACCGCCCGGACUUCGAGCACUUUAUAGCAGCGGAUAGCGACGGGUUGGAUCGCGACGAGAAGUUCGACGCGUACGUGCGGCGAAUGAGGGUGGCUGGCGAAUGGGGAGGCGAGUUGGAGAUAACAUCGCUGUGCCACUCGUACGAGGUGAACUGUCUGGUGCACCAGAAGCACCUGGCGACCCCCAUCGACUGUGACUAUGGCUACCACAAGCGUGUCCAGCUGCUCUAUGAUGGCGGUACGUACGUGAGGGGUGGUGGGUGUGUGCUGCAUGUCUGUCUGUGUGUCUGUGUGUUGCCGUUCGCGUAUGGUCAUCAGUCCAUGUGUCUGUCUCUUCCUGUGUGCCGGUCUUGUUCCAUUCGUGUGGUAGGUUCUCACUACGACUCGGUGCGUCGCGAUGAUUGCGGGGGCCGUGCGGCAGAUAAGAAGCCCGCCAAGGCCAAGGGUCAGUCAGUCUACUCACUCCUCAUUCACAGGUCACCUGCAAAUGGCUGGCUGGCUUGCUGGUUGACUCUUGUCAGGCGGUGGCAAAGCCAGGCCAGCCGUCAAGCGUGGCGCCGCACCCGCGGCUGCCGCCAGCCCGCUCACACCGGACGAUGGCAUCGCCAAGAAAAAGCGUAUGUCUGCAAGGACUCACUACUGAGUGCUCAUCUUCACAUCAGUGUAUUUUGUGUGUGUGUGUGUGUGUGUCUGCAGACAAGGGUCGCAAGCCGGUCCGCAACAAGGCCAAUCGCAAGCCGGUGGCCGUGAGCGACGACUACGAGGAGGGUGAGGGUGAAUGGGAGGUGGACAGGAUCGUGGACCACCGGCAGGACCGGAGCGGCAACCUGGAGUUCAAGGUCGUGUGGAAGCCUGCUAACAACGGACAAGGUCAGUCAGUGGGCCAACCAAGGGACAGAGCAUCCAUCCAUCCAUGGGUGGGUGGCUGGUCAGCAUGUACCAUCUGGUGUGGUGUGGUGUGGUGUGACGUCUUGCUUGCUGUGUGUGUCAGCGUGGGAGCCGAUGUGGGAGCCCGAGGACAACUGCGACGAUUGCCGUGACGCCGUCGUUGAUUACUGGGCCUCCAAGGCGUAAUGGCCGUUACCUACCUGCUUGCUUCGUGCUUCGUUGUCGCGGCCUUUUUUGCUUGUGUGGAUUAGUCAAGGCUGGCUGCGUGUGGGUGUUGGUUGGCAUUUCCAGACCUAUCUGUGCAGGGUCGGUGCUGCAGCAGCAGGCAGCAGCAGCAGCGACAGCGAGCACACCUGUGUGUGGGUGGGUCGGUG